GUGCAACAUCUCGAAUCGCUUUCGCGAAACUCCGACGCUAAAAUCUCACAAGAAUCGCAGUGAAAAAGCGAGAAUCGCCGAGCAGAAAUCCAAAUCGCGCGAUAGUUCAUCUUCCUCGAGAAACGGAUCGAAGAGAUCGGUUCCACUGAAACACUUCAUCUGAAAUUUGUCGAUAUAAGGACUACAAUGGCUUCAGGGCGUGGUGGGUUGAUUCUAGAUCAGAACUUCAAUGCUAACUACAAUGGAGGUUCUUUAGGGGAAAUUUCUAAAGUGAUUAAAGUGCAGAAGAAAGGAGGGGAUGGUGGAAGAAAACCUCUUGGUGAUUUGUCAAAUGCAGGGAAGCCUUCUUUUAACCAGGUGUCCAAGAAACAGAAUUUGAAAAGUUUCGCUCUGAUUAAUGAAGAUAUUGGUUCCUCCAAGGUCCCAAGUGAUCUAACCAAAAAGAGAAGUACUUCUAAAGCCUCGGACAAAGCGCAGACAAGGAGCAGAAGAGUACUUUCUGAUAUUUCUAAUUCGGCAAAGCCCCAUGUAUCCAGGGUGUCAAAGAAGACCGUGAAGAUGAACGUUCUACCAGAGGAACCAAUUGAUACUGGUUUUAUUGCCGAGGAACAAUUUCUUCACAACCACCAGGAGUGUAUAAAACAGCAGAGCAUUGCCAUUGACAUGGACCAUUUUCUGGAGACUCUCAGACUCAGUUCUCGCAACAAGGUUGUCUCUUCUCCCUGCCUGUCUCCACUAAGCACUAGAUUGAAGCGUGAGAGCCCUUCAAGGCUUUUGCAAUAUGAACAGAUGGCUGAGCUGCAGAUUUCCGCUGUCAGAUCUCAUCCGAAACAUGAGCUGUCAAGCGAACUUGACUCCCCUCAGCCGCCAAGCAGUCCAAAAUCACUAAAUAUUGGUAUGCACAGGAAGGACCAGGACAUGGUGAAUUUCAUGUUGAUGGAAACACCAAGCUUCCUGAAGCAUUGAACAUCUUAUAUUUGAUGCUAUUAGGUACAAAAUCCCCAGCUGGGUUUAGUUCGGUAUGGCAGAAGGAAAUGUGAUGCUGCAUUAAAUGUUGUUACCGUCAGACCUGUGACGGCUCUUUUUGGCAUUUUGUUGUGGUCCAAGUGAACCUUUCCUGGGAAUCAAGGAUGUGUUUGGCACAAUUGUUUUGCAUGUUGAUGGAAACACCAUGCUUGCUGAAGCAUUGAAUUUCUUAUAUUCAAUGCUAUAUUAGGUAGAAAAUCUGAAGCUUCUAAGUAUUAAAUGUUUUACGGGUCAGACAUGUGAUGGCUCUUUUUUGCAUUUUCGUUGUGGUCCAAAGCGAACCUUUCCUGGGUAUAUAUUGGGCACUAUCGUGCUGAU